CACAAACCAAAGUUUGAACUUCCGCUAUGAUGGCGGCUAAAUCAGACGUCGGUGCGCUGUUCAAUGAAACCGGCUAAUUUGUCUGUAUCACUACGCUCUCGGAAUUACAGUCUGUGAGCAGAAGGCAAAAUGGACUCCCCACUCUCCUUGUCCUCCCUGCGUCUCCUCGUCCCUCCUCUUCGUUUGCUGACGGCGGCAAUGUGGCAGGUGGCACAGCAGCAGAGUGUCGAGCAUUAUGGGAUUCUAGAAGAUUUUGUGGGUCUGAUGACGGAAGCGGUUCCUCACUUGCUGACAGACAAGCAGAGGAGCCUGCUGCUGCUUGCGCUCAGGGUCAAGGUGAGCCUUCACAAAGCUGAGCCGAAAAGUAACCGAGGCCCCCAUAACAGAAGUGGUUCCAUCUCCUUGACAACACUGAGAGCAGAAUCACAGGUUGUCAGUUGUGAGUCUGCUCUAUUGACUCUGACUGAUGAAGUGAGUCCGGUGGAUAGGCAAGCCCUCCUGCAGGAUGUGUUCAACCAGACAUUUGACGAGGCUCUCUUGACGCUUCUCUCUGACUUCCUGGUCCGGCUCGAACAGCUUUUUCCUGUCCCUGACUUCAAACGGGCAGCAUCAUUGCUCAGUGCUGCUCCCGCUGGCCUGGGUGACUGUCUCAGUCUGGCUGACAGGGAGGAGCUGAAAAUGCUUUUGACUAAUCAGAGCUGUCGGUUGGGUCAAGUCACUCCUCCAGUUGAUUGUGACACAGAGAAGAUCCUCCACUCCGCUUGGUCCCACCCCCUCAUCACAAAGCUGACCAAUCCUGAGCCUGCACUCCCCAGCGCAAAAGUCCGAUCCGAUUCCCGCACCGACAAGGGGCGUGGCGCCCCGUACGCUGAGAUAACAGGGAUGCUGGAAGAUGAAAAACAGCAGACUGUGACUGGCCAGAUGCCAUCACCAACUGAAGGCAAAUCCAAUCUCAGUGCCUCAGCUGUGGAUUCAGUCCCACAGGCAGACAGAGCAGGGGAGACCUCGGACGGCAAUCCAUCAGGAAAUGUGUCAGAUCAUCCGGGCUCCGAUGCUAUAUCAAGUGUUUCCCAACAUUCUCAGCGAGUGGCUCACAAAUGUCCCAAGUGUGGGAAACGUUUCAUCUACCGCUCUCAGGUUUUACGUCACCUGCAAGCCAGUAAGUCCUGUGGCUCUGCCUCUGCCAAAAAGAUAACAGAGGACCAGGCUGAUGCCCACACUGGUGAUAAGGACCUCUCCUCUUCAGAAGCCCAACACAAUUACCACCGUUCCGGCAAAAGCCAUCUUUGUUUCCAGUGCGACAGCGUCUUUGGUACCAAAGUUGAGCUGCAGUCGCACCAGCGCAUCCACCGUACCAGGCCCGUCUUUCGAUGUGGCCAGUGUAACAAGGAGUUCCUUCACCUCUCCACUUUGACCAAUCACAAGCAGACCCACCGGGAAAGCAGCGGGUUCACCUGCAGCCAGUGCGGCAAAGAUUUUGGCUCGGCCAAGGAGAGAGACGCCCACAGCCUGCGGCACAGGACGCCCAACCUCACCUGCACAAUGUGCUCGAAGACGUUCAGCUCGCAGUCGCAGCUCCUGCGACAUCUACAGACUCACUCGGUGGAGGGUGCUGAGCCGUGCUACCGUUGCCGUUUCUGUGAGCAGACAUUCUCAGGUGUGACUCUGCUUCGUAUCCACCAGCGCUCCCACACGACACCCUCGUACCAGUGCGACAAGUGCAGCAAGAUGUACGCCUCACUCACAGGCCUCCAGUCCCACCGAGCGAGUCACAACACCGACAGCCGCUUCCUCUGCUCUCAGUGCGGUAAAUGUUUCAAGACACUACACGGGCUGGAGGGCCACCUGAGGACGCACAGUGGCGAGCGGCCGUACCGCUGCCCUUACUGUUCCAAAGAUUUCACCGCACUCGCUGGCCUUAACGUGCACGUGCGGCAGCAUACCGGGGAGCGGCCGUACGUCUGCUCGUAUUGUGGCAAGGGCUGGCCGUCCAGCGGCGACCUACAGAAACACAUGAGGGUUCACACAGGUGAGCGGCCCUACACCUGUGAGCAAUGUGGAAAGUCCUUCUCCAACUCCUGUCACCUGAGUGAACAUUAUCGCAUCCACACCGGCGAGAAGCCCUUUUCCUGUCCCGAAUGUGGAAAAUGCUUACGGAGGAAGUUCGACCUGAAGAAACACUUGUUGUGUCACAGCAACAAUCGUCCGUAUGCCUGCGUUUCCUGUCCCAAGAGCUACACUCGCAGGACUCACCUAAAGAGACACUUAUUGACACACAAGCCAACUAGCGGUGAAGCUAUGGCAGCUGAUGACGUUUGACACAGUGUAGAUUUUUCAUUGACACAGCUUUUUUUUUUAAAUGCGUGUUGUUUUGGACUGUGUUGUUCCAAAUUACUAUCCAUACACUGUUUUUGCAAAUGUUCUCAGUCAAAGCCGUUUACUGUGAAUGUAGUUUUACUUUUAUCAUUGACCAUGUUAUUGUUAGGAUUAUUCAAUGGCAACUAUAUAUAUAUAUAUAUAUAUAUACAUACGAUAUAUAUAAUAUCAAAUUUUCAUCAUAGGUGUAUGUCCACUGUAAGAGAGAUAAUCUAAAAAGAAAAAUCCAGAAAUCACAAUGUAUGAUUUUUUUAACAAUUUAUUUGUGUGAUACAGGUGCAAAUAAGUAUUUGAACACCUGUCUAUCAGCUAGAAUUCUGACCUUCAAAGACCUGUUAGUCCGCCUUUAAAAGUCAACCUCCACUCCAUGUAUUAUCCUGAAUCAGGUGCACCUGUGUGAGGUCGUUAGCUGCAUCAUAGAGACACCUGUCCACCCCAUACAAUCAGUAAAACUCAAAUUUGUAACAUGGCCAAGACCAAAGAGCUGUCCAAAGACACCAGAGACAAAAUUGGACAACUCCAAACGGCUGGAAAGGGCUACAGAGAAAUUGCCAAGCAGCUUGGUGAAAAAAGGUCCACUGUUGGAGUAAUCAGUAGAAAAUGGAAAAAGAUAAACAUGACGGUCAAUCUCAAUGGGAGUGGAGAUGGGUCGUGGCUGGGUCUUUCAACAUGACAACGACCCGUAGCACACAGCCAGGAAAACCAAGGCGUUGCUCCGUAAGAAGCAUAUCAAGGUUCUGGCCAGUCUCCAGACCUAAACCCAAAAGAAAAUCUUUGGAGGGAGCUGAAACUCUGUGUUUCUCAGCAACAGCCCAGAAACCUGUCUGAUCUAGAGAAGAUCUGUGUGUGUGCAAACCUGGUGAACAACUACAGGAAAUGUUUGACCUCUGUAAUUGCAAACAAAGGCUACUCUACCAGAUAUUAACAUUGGUUUUCUCGGGUGUUCAAAUACUUAUUUGCAGCUGUAUCACACAAAUAAAUUGUUAAAAAAUCAUGCAUUGUGAUUUCUGGAUUUUUCGUUUUAGAUUAUCUCUCUCACAGUGGACAUGCACCUAUGAUGAAAAUUUCAAUUUUGGGAGAACUUACAAUAUAGCAGGGUGUUCAAAUACUUAUUUUUUUUAAACCUAUCAGGGGCUUCAAAAGCCAUGACCUCAUCAUCAAGCCUCAGGCUUCGGGAUGUUCUUUUUGCGUUUGUAAACAUUUGACCUCAAAGACAAUAAUAUAAAAUUCUCUAAGAAAUUCUCCUAAUGCAUUUAGCAAAAUUAAAUAAUUUUGGUGAUCCUUACUAACCUGAUAAAGGAGAGGUUUACCUUGAUUUUACUUCAGACAGUAAGACAAAAAAAUUUAAUAUUUUUGCAGUGUGUGUAAACUUAUAUAGUGUGUGUUUAGCAUUUAUUACAACUAUUUUAGAAAAAAAACGAUUCCUUUUUGCAUCUCAAACAUCAAAUUUGUACAAAAUAAAAACUACGUUUGUAAUGGUUUUGUUUUUGGGCGCAAGUUGUGACUAAGGCAAUUUAGAAUGUUUUUAAGUUGAGGAUUAGGGAAGGUCAGGGUCAGUGGAAGCAGUGGUGUGUGUUUUACCAAGUUACAGGACUGAGUCAUAGUGCAGCAGUGUGUGUCCUGCAACCAAACACAUUGCUUGUAAUGCUUUAGAACUUCAUCAAUUCAUCAGCCAAAUGGCAUGCAACAGGAAAUCAAGUUUGCGUUCUUGCUUUCUUGUUUAAUUUACAUACUUUUUAAAAUCAAUGUUCUUCGUUACUUUAUUAGCCAUUAUCUUCAUUUGUUGCCCAAUAUAUUGUCUGGUAUUGACGUUUUUUUUUCUCCCCAGCACUCAAGAUUUCCGCUGGCCCUGAAAAUUCUGUAUCAGUUCGUUUCUAUAAUUUAUUUUAAUUAAUUUUACUCUAAUCAGGCUCAUCUAAAAACAA